GAUCACUGCUGAAGAAGCUAAAAUUGAAAAGAUGAAGUCGUCGAAGCGAGCGGCAACAGAGAACAACAGAGGCAUAAGUGGGCACAUGUAUACCCUUCACCAGCGCCUCUUUCACGCUCUCAGCCUCGGCACAAGAGUUUAUGAUGGUAAGGAAUCAAAAUGGCAGUGUACGGAUAUUGAGAUACAGAGACACGUAAUUCGGUCAAUUGCUUCCUUUCUUGAUUGUAUUUCAGGAGACACUUUGCAACAUCCUCUAGUAAAGGAUUCACUUGCUGAUAUAGUUGGGGCAAUAGUAUGGAUUCUUCAAAAUAAAAGCAAGGCCAUAUUAAGCAUGGCAACUAAUGUGGUAGUAAAUUUGAUCAACGUUAUACCCAAUUCGUUAUUGCAGUCUUACUUGUCAGAUAUGGUCCAUCCUUUGUCAUCCUUGUUAUUGUCUCAUCAAGUAGAUGUAUCUAUUUCAUGUGCCACUGCAUUGAAUAUGAUCUUUUCAAAUCUGAGCAUGAGAGGAGAGAAAAAGGUUUGGGAUAUUCUGAUUGAAACAGAAACUGUUUCUCGCAUUGUUAGUGGCAUAUGGGAAUUUUCUGAUGGUGUUAUGCCAAUUGAAUAUUUCCAAGAGAUGACUUCGCUCUUGAGUGCAAUACUGCAUCGGUGGCCUGCAUCACGGUAUAAUGUCUGGAAUGAUGCUAAAUUGUUGGAAGUCUUGGAAGCUAUGUGUGUAAAACCUGAUUUCUCUGUUAAGGUUGCAGUUUUGAAGCUAUAUUGUACAAUAGCACUGUGUGGCAAUGGGGCCAAGAAACUUCUAGGAAAAGGAGAAUCCCUUCUACAAAUUAUGGUUCUCUGCAUGGGAAGAUCUCACCCUCUUUCUGUUCGGACUGAGGGAUUUAGACUUGCCCAAUGUUUAGCGAAAAAUGAAGAGGGGUGUUUAAAAAUGAUGAGCUUAUGCUGUGAGCCUAUUGUUAAAGCUAUAAUUGAUGGAAUGACUGGAUGGACCUCUCAUUCAGGGAAGAUUGCCAAUGACCAAAUGUCUUUGCUAGUGGAAGCUUGUCAUUUGGCUUUGAUAAGUCGCUGGGCAGGGGAGCAUCAUGAUUUCUUGUGGCAGCAAGGGAUUGACAGGGUCCUCCUUAAUCUUCUUCUAAAUGACUUUCAAGAUGAACCACCACAAAAAUUGUUGUCACCAGAAGAACAGUUAUCUAUAGCACAAGAGGGUCUCAAGGUCAAUUUUCUUCUUGGUUUGAGGCCAUAUGUUUGGGACAUUCUUGGUUGGCUUGCUAUACACUGUAGGGAGGAUUUCAAUCCUAACAUGCAUGGCCGUGAACGUAGAAUUGACAUUCUUAUUGCAUGUGCAUGCAUAUCUUUCAUGGAUUCAAUUCGUAAAGGGCACCAAAUAUGUCAAAAUGACAUAGCUGAUACCUUCAGAAGUGAAGCAGCAUCAAGGGCAGUGAUGAUGAUGAUUUAUUCGCCUUGCAAAUAUAUUGCAUCAAAAGCAAGAUUCAUACUGUAUGAAAUUCUAAGGCCAGCUAGCAAGAAGUAUCUAAAACGCUUACUGCAUAUGCUAAAUAAUACACCAUCCGAGGAUAAUUUUGGAAUGCCGAACAUGCUUCAAACUAGCAUUAACUUAGUGGCUUUGGUAUGUUAUUCUGGUAUACCAUAUUAUCAAAGUGAUAUUGUUAAAAAUGGAGGAAUCCAGGCACUUAUGGAUUUGAUAUGGUGGUGCUUAAGAAAUGAUAUCCAUAUAGGAAGGUGGAGUCUUGCUCCUCAUUUGCAUAAUAUAUUAAGUGAGAGGACUUGUUGCUGGGUAUGCAAAGAAGACUGGGAAGGCAAUAACAUUCUUUUAUUUUAUGGUCUGUGGGGAUUAGCUGAAUUGAUGCACUCUGGAUCUUCGAGAAAUAAUGUAGAAAUUUUUGGUGGCCAACUGGAUUAUACUGAAGCUGAAUUUGUUAGCACACUCCAGGAGAUAUGCAGUGACAGUACCUCUCCUGGAAUAAAAUGGUAUGGUGCAUUCAUUCUAAAUUAUUUUGGAUUUUAUGGUUUUCCAUGUAAACUUGGGAGGCGUAUUGGGAAAGCACUUAAUGUGAAUGAAUAUGCAGAUGUGCAACUCAUUCUCACAAAUGGGAACUCUUUGAGUGUCCAUGGUGUCAUUCUUUCUGCUCGAUGUCCAUCAUUGUUGCCUCCUGAAGAAAUGCCUGGUUAUGAGAAAGCGUCCAAUGGUUCUUCAGUAGGAUAUGACACAGAGAGGAAGUGUGGAAAGUUUCAUAAAGAAAUUCGUUUAUCUUCACAUGUGGAUAACCUGGCAUUGGCUAAGUUGUUGGAAUUUGUUUACAUGGGAUAUCUAAAUGCAGGAGAGGAACUUUUGAAGAAAGUGAAAUUUCUUGCAAAACGCUGUAGUUUACAACCUCUGUUAAUAAUGUUUGGCAGAAGGCAUCCCAAGUGGGGCACCCCCUUCCCCAGAUAUGAUCUUUCUCUUGUGCUUGCUCCAGCUGGGCAUUAUUUUUCGGACAUUGUCUUGGAGGCUAAAGCAACCGAAUCAAUAUGUUGGAGAUGUAAUGUAUGCUCUAAAUCAGUGCCACAUAUGCAUUGUCAUAAAGUUGUGCUGUGGUCAAGUUGUGAUUAUCUGCGGGCCUUAUUUCAGUCAGGCAUGCUGGAGAGCAACUCCCAAACCAUAAAGGUGCCUGUGAGCUGGGAGGCAAUGGUUAGGCUAGUGAACUGGUGCUACACUGAUGAGCUGCCUAUUCCUCCCUCUGGAUGUUUAUGGGAUAAUAUGGACAGCGAGGAAAGGCUAUCUGUGCUGCAACCAUACCUAGAGCUUUGUUGGCUUGCUGAAUUCUGGUUUUUGGAAGAGGUUCAGAAUAUCAGCUAUAAAGUGAUAGUAUCCUGUUUGGAUUCUGCAAGACAUUUGUCUAUUAAGAUAAUUAAAAUCGCUGCCGAUUUAUCUCUGUGGAAAUUAGUUGAAGUUACUGCAAAUUUCUUGGCCCCUUUAUAUCGUCAACUUUGCCAAUCUGGUGAUCUUGAAGCACUGGAUGAAGAAGUAAUUGAUAUGAUUCGUACAACUUCAGUUCGGCUCUCUCAAGAAGGAUAAGCUAUUCAAGUUCAAGAUGAUCUAAAAUGCUUUGGAUUUUUUGAAGGGUGGUAGAUGUUGAAAACCGUGAAGAAUGGGAUAUUAGAAAAUUCUCUUAAUGUGAUGGGGUGUACAACAGUUAAGACUAAGCCUUUAUCUAAAACCUUCUUUUUUUCUAACAGAAAUCCCAAACUAGUUGGGGAAUGGGAUGUAAAAUAGGUAAAUUUCUUUCCUGUUAUCGGGUUCAUUUAUGUAGAUAUUGAUGUGAGCAAACGGACUAUGUUGAAGAAAGUGAAGAAGAAAUGAUAAUAAUUGAUCCGUCGUAUUACAAAGAUUUUAUUCCUUA